UAUUAAUUAUGCAGCAAAUAAUACGAGCGAAUUGGCUGCGAAAAUGCUUUUUUUCUAUUUAAUCGCUGUUGUAUUUUUUUUCAGGAACUAUGUCUUUAAGACUCUGAAGUGUACCACAUUGCAAAUACAAUUUUACGGAAGGAAAAUUAAUAAUAAUGAAUGCAUGGUUCGUGAGAUGUCGAGAGUGGAGCUUCGAAGGAUCGGCGAUAUAAUCCUUUAAAUAGUAUUCCCCCCGCUAGGACACGGUGCAGGACGCGUUUCACGAAGCUUGUAUCGCGUGUUGCCUAAUGGUGGAAGGAAACGUUAUCCAGAGGCGGGCAACGGACGGGCAUUACCGUACGGUGUACCUUGGUAGGGCCGAGAGAAGUCAGCCUCCGGGAUAUGGACUCGUACACUCAGUCUUCGAACUGGUCUCGUACCGCGCUCUAUACAGCGUGUCACACAGGCCCGCAAACAGUCGCGGCGAGCUUAGUUAACAACACCGCGUGGUGCUACGGUUCGCCUCGUUCGAACGUGGCCCUCCUUCUAGAACGCUUCGUAUUUACACCGCGUUCACCAGUGACUCGAUGCACGACUGACCGCGUGCCACUGCUUGGAUUUCUUCUCUCCACCCUCGUCAAUCGUGAGAUUCUUGCAUAUUUCCUGAUACGAUACGGGAUAGAACGAAAAGGAUUCGGUUACCAGUGAUCGGGAAAAGAACGGUGCCGUAGAACGUGCCGGAUCGAGAAGUGGUUUUAUCAAGAACCGAGUCUCUCAUCGAUCGAGGAUGAAACGGAAGGAGCAUUGAACGAAGUGGUUGCAGAAUCGAGGAACACAGUUUCGACGAUGGGAGUCCUGUCGAUCGGAUUGCUACUCCUCCCUCUGGUAUCAGGAGUUCUCAGCAAUUGUCCCCUGGUACAACCACCUCAAUGGGGCACCGUGAGAGAACGAGUUCUUAAAGAUGGCACUCUGCAGACGGUGUACUCAUGCGAACCAGGCCGUAGAUUGAAGGGUCAUAAAAUACUGACAUGCACAGUGAACGGUUGGAAUCAUCCUAUCCCGAAAUGUGUCCCUUACGACAACAGAUUCCGACACUUUCGCAACGAUCUUUAUCUCGGCGAUGAUCCAAUUUCAACGACACCGGCGGAGGAAAAAGCAGCGAGGGAACGGCUGAAAGCGCGCAAGAGAAUCGGCGAGCUGAAGAAACGUAGAAAAGCGAAGGAAAGGAAACAGAGGCAAAAGCAAAUCGUCGAGAAGUCUUUGGCUGGGUCGCCUCUGGCGUCAACGGUCUCGGGCCUGAAUGAAACAAUAAUGUCGAGGUUGGAUUUGAGCUGCUUCAUGAAAGCCCGCAAGAAAGGAUUUGCGAAAGCUCCCCCGGUUGAAAAUGCAUAUCCCGCCAAGUAUGCCAGACGAAAGAAUGUACUGCCGCCGUACAAUCGAUACCUUGUGGCAAUCUACGAUUGUACGGAGGGGUUUGUUUUCGAGGAUUCAACGGCUGAUCGACUUUUCUGCAGUGAUGGUACUUGGUUAGGCGGUCUUCCGCGCUGUGUAAAAGAGGGUGAAACGACGCUGAAGAGCCUGAAACGUUGUAAUCAGGACAGGGGUGGCUGCGAGCAUGUGUGCGAAGACACUGAGACAGGUGUGAAAUGCUCGUGCUUCGACGGAUUCCGCGCCAAUGGAUCUUCCUGCAUAGACAUAGACGAAUGCACAGAAGGUUCAGCUGGUUGUGCUGAAAUUUGUCACAACGAUCCUGGUUCUUUUCGUUGCGAAUGCCGUUCCGGUUACGAAUUGGGUGCCGAUGGCAAAUCGUGCAACGACAUUAACGAGUGCCUGGUGAAUAACGGGCACGGUCCGUGCCAGGGCAGUUGCAUCAAUCUAGAAGGAAGCUACGAGUGUAGCUGUUCCGAUAUUCCUGGUCACAAAUUGGCCCUGGAUAAUCACACCUGCGAGGAUAUCGACGAGUGUUCGACGAGCAACGCUGGUUGUUCCCAUAUCUGCUUGAACACACCUGGGAGCGCAUUCUGCCUUUGCCCGGAUGGUUUUUAUUUAACCGACGAUUCGAAGACGUGCCAAGAUGUGAAUGAGUGCGAAAACGCGUCGAAGGUUUGCACGAAUAAUACCGAUUGCGAAAAUACUAUCGGAUCGUACAGAUGCGUCGGUAAGCCACAGAAAAUGACGAAAGUCCUUCAGGACGAGGACUACGAUGCCGAGGAUGACGACGACGACGACGGGGACGACGAAUACGACGAAGAAGGUAUCACGGAGGUCCCGGAAUUCGGCAGGUGCGAGGAAGGUUACAAGAAGAAUAACAACGGCGAGUGUAUCGACAUCGACGAGUGCGUGGAAGGUGACGAAGGGGAGCCUCACGGUUGCCAGCACGAGUGCGUGAACGAACCAGGUGGUUAUUACUGCGUCUGUCGUCUAGGAUUCGAGCUGCGCGAAGACGGUGUAUCCUGUAACGAUAUCGACGAGUGCAAGGGAACGGCGUCUCUUUGCUCUCACGGUUGCAACAACACAGACGGCUCGUACGCGUGCACGUGUCCCUCUGGAUUCGACUUGAAAGAGGAUAACGUUAGCUGCGUUCCAACGAGAACCUGCCAGACUCUGAUAACACCGUGCUCUCACGAGUGUCAGGAAUCAAAGGACGGUCCUAUUUGCGUUUGCCCAACAGGAUAUCAGCUUUUGGAGGACGGUACAAGCUGUUCUGAUAUCGAUGAGUGUACCCUGGACUUAUGCUCACACUCCUGCCUGAAUUACCAGGGCAGUUUCCUAUGUCUUUGCCCCGAAGGUUUGGAAACGCUCGAACACGAUAAAUUCAAUUGCACGGACAUCGACGAGUGCUCGAACACGCUUCAUCGAUGCGAACACCAAUGCACAAACGUUCAUGGAAGCUACGUUUGCACUUGCAGACCUGGAUUCAGAUUGAACGAAGACAAGAAGACUUGUUUGGACAUAGACGAGUGUUCGAGCAGCGAACAUCAGUGUUCUCAGGUGUGUCUGAACGUUCCAGGUAGUUACGAGUGCAUGUGUCGCGAUGGAUACGAGUUAUCUGCAGAUGGUUUCACCUGCCAGGACCUGGACGAGUGUGCGACGAAUAAACAUGCAUGUUCCCACGAAUGUAUUAAUCGAGAAGGAGGCUACAAGUGUGAUUGUCCCGAUGGUUUCUUCCUUGGCAACGACACUAAAUCGUGCCAGGACGCGAACGAGUGUCUCGAUGGUACGCAUCAGUGUUCUCACGAAUGCGUCAACCUGCCAGGAUCUUACGAGUGCGCCUGUCCUGCUGGAAUGUCCAUGGCGGAUGAUAAAAUAUCCUGCCUGACGAUCGACGCGUGUAGCUUGGCAAAUUGUUCCCACGUAUGCGAGAAAGAAGGGGAUACAUUCAAGUGCGGUUGUCCCGAAGGAUACACCCUGCAAGACGAUGGAAAAACGUGCAAGGACUUUGACGAGUGUCUGGAGGACGAACACGACUGUUCUCACGACUGCGUGAACACUCUGGGAAGCUACAAAUGCGUCUGUCCGGAAGGUUUGAAGCUACUGCAGGAUGGAUUGACUUGCGAGGAUCCUUCGUGUCCCGAGGGUCUUCGACAGGACGACGCAGGUCAGUGCCAGGAUAUCGACGAGUGUCUGGAAGAGAAUCACCAGUGUUCGCACUCGUGUCACAAUGUACACGGUUCCUAUCGUUGUUCCUGUCCUUCGGGAUGGGUCUUAUCCGAUGACAACAUCACGUGCGUCGGUGAUCCUUGCUCGAACGCGUCCUGUUCUCAUUUCUGCGUGGCUGAUGGUUCGCAGCCCGAGUGCAGAUGUCCUGCAGGAUUGAAACUCGCCGAGGACGAUCAAAGUUGCAUCGACAUCGACGAGUGUGCCGAAGAGAAUCACGGAUGUCCUUUCGGUUGUAUAAAUCUCGAAGGAACGUACAAUUGCUCUUGUCCCGAAGGACAGGAAUUCUCGAUGGAGCUUGGUGCGUGCUUGGACAUCGACGAGUGUCGAGGUUCUCGGCACAAGCAUAACUGCUCUCACGGGUGUAUAAACGUCGUCGGUGGAUACAAUUGUACAUGCCCGGCGGGAUGGAAACUCGAAGAGGAUUUAAGGAACUGUCGCAUAGCUGGCGAUCGCAACUGCUCUCACACGUACGAGCAAGAUGGAGAAGAAGUUCGCUGCGGCUGCCCCGAAGGAUUCCAACUUGGAAGCGACGAGAGGACUUGCGGUGACGUGAACGAGUGCGUCGAGGAUCUUCAUUCGUGCAGUCACACUUGCGUGAACACGGAAGGAUCAUUCUACUGCGAUUGCCCUUCCGGCUUUCGCUUGAAAGAUCGAACCAGCUGUGAGGACAUCGACGAAUGCCUCGAAAAUAACGCUGGUUGCUCUCACGGUUGCUUAAAUACCGAAGGCAGCUUCGGCUGCGCUUGUCCGGAUGGAUACGAGCUGACCGAGGAGGGAAAGAUUUGUCAGGACAUCGACGAGUGUGGCAGGAAGCUACAUCACUGCUCCCAUAGCUGCGAGAACUUAGACGGUGGUUACGCUUGUUCCUGCCCCGAGGGUCUGGCACUUGGACGGGACAAUAAGAGCUGUGCUGACGCGAACCAGUGCGGCCAAGCACACAAUUGUAGCCACGCGUGCGUGAACGUAGACGGAGGUUACAAAUGCGACUGUCCGGCCGGCUUGAAAUUAACCUCCGACGGUCGGACGUGCGAGGAAAUUGAUUUUUGCGCUGGUCAACACGGUUGCUCCCACGAGUGUGUCAGCGGCCCGGAUGAUUUCCUCUGCAGCUGCCCGGCCGGUUAUGUUUUGUCCGACGACAGGAGAAACUGUCAGGAUAGAAACGAAUGCGAAGAGGGGAACAACGAGGUAAACAGCGGUUGCUCUCAUUCCUGCGUCAACACCGAGGGCAGCUUCGAGUGUACUUGUCCGAACGGUUAUCGACUGGCCGACGAUCGAAGGAGCUGCGAGGACAUCAACGAGUGCAUCCAGGACAACGGUGGCUGCUCUCAUUUGUGCGCAAAUACAGACGGUGGCGUCGAGUGUGCUUGCCCGGAUAAUUACAGACUGCUGGAAGACGACGGAAAAACUUGCGUGGAGAUCGACGAAUGUUUGAUCGACAACGCUGGCUGCUCUCAUCUCUGCCGCUACGAGAAUGGAACAGCGACCUGCUUCUGUCCAUCAGGAAUGAUCCUCGAGGAUGACAAUUCCACCUGUGUCCAGGAGAAUAAGUGUUACGUGGAGAACGGUGGCUGUUCCCAUUUCUGUAACUCAGACGACGGACGAGUGUUUUGCUCUUGUCCUUCGGAAAUGAUCCUGUCGGAAAACGGAACCGUUUGCCUGGAACGGAAUAAGUGUCUCCUGGACAAUGGUGGAUGUUCCCACGAUUGCCUGUACGAGAACGGCGAUGUGUCCUGUUCCUGUCCGGACGGAAUGAUCCUCUCGGAAGAUAAACUACUUUGCGUUUACGAGAACAAGUGUUUCAUCAACAACGGUGGCUGCUCGGACAUAUGCGCUUUCGCGAACGGUUCCAUCAGCUGCGAGUGUCCAUCGGGAUUCGAGCUAUCCGUUCAGGACAAUGCUACCUGCGUCGACGUCGACGAAUGCCUGGAACUGAAGGACAACUGCACCCACAAAUGCGUGAACACGGAAGGUGGCUUCGAGUGCAGUUGCAACGAAGGAUUCCGAACGAAUUCUAUGGAGCCAGCAUUUUGCGACGAUAUAGACGAAUGCGAGGAUUCGAACGGAGGAUGUUCUCACACCUGUACGAAUCUCGUGGGAUCGUUUCGUUGUUCCUGUCCGUCCGGUUAUCUGCUCGAGAACGACAACAGAACUUGCAGAUUGAUCGACGGUUGCAAACGGAACAACGGCAACUGUUCUCAUCAUUGUCACCGCGAGGAAGGCACCGAUAAGACUCGUUGCUCUUGCCCCUUAGGCUUCCGAUUGAAGCCGGAUCAAAAGACCUGCGAGGACAUCGACGAAUGCGAGGAAUUCGAGAACGACGUGGACCUUGGCUGCUCCCACAUCUGCGUCAACACCGAGGGUAGCUACUAUUGCGAGUGUCCUUCCGGGUAUAUCCUGUUACCGGAGGACAAGAAGAACUGUAUCGACGUGAACGAGUGCCUGAACAGCCAGCACAAUUGCAGCCACGAUUGCUUGAAUCUGUUGGGUAGCUACGUGUGUACUUGUUACGAGGGACAUUAUCUGCACUCGGAUAAGUCCAGCUGUCUGGACAUCGACGAGUGUCUGGAGAGGAACGGCGAGUGUUCGCAUCGUUGCACCAACACUAUCGGUGGCCACUUCUGCUCCUGUCCGACCGGGUACGAGCUCUCUCAAGACGAGAGGACCUGCAUCGACGUGGACGAGUGCGAGACGGGUGCGGCUGAAUGCGUCCACGAGUGCAUCAACACGAUUGGCUCGUGGAAAUGUAGCUGUCCGGAGGGCCACGUGUUGGCGAACGAUUCGCGUAGCUGCGUCGACGUCGACGAGUGCAAGACGAACAACGGCGGUUGCUCGCAUGCAUGCUUCAACGUGCCCGGAGGCGUUAGAUGCAGCUGUCCUCUCGGUUUGCGCUUAGACGAGGCUGCAAAGACGUGCCACGACGUAGACGAGUGUCUGACGGAGAACGGCGGCUGUUCGGAUGUCUGCGUUAACUUGCAGGGUAGUUUCCUCUGUCGUUGUUCCGUUGGCUUUCGCUUGGAUCUGGAUUUGAAAAGCUGUCGCGACGUCGACGAGUGCGAGAUGGAAAACGGCGGUUGCACCGAUACCUGUAUCAACCUGGAAGGUAGUCAUCGUUGCGAGUGUCCGGACGGUUUUCGAUUGAAAGAGGAUCGGAAGAGCUGCACGGACGUGGACGAGUGUGAAAAUAAUAAUGCUGGAUGUUCCCACGUAUGCAUCAACGAGCCAGGAUCUUAUCGAUGCGAUUGUCCGAUCGGUCACCAGUUGAGGAAUAAAUCCUGUUACCUUUCGGAUCCCUGCGCCACUGACAAUGGCGGUUGCGAACAGAUUUGUAAUGUAGACAAUGGUCUGGUCGUUUGCACGUGCAGGGAAGGCUUCCGAUACGACGAGAUUGAUCGAUCGAAGUGUAAGGAUAUUGAUGAAUGUGCUGGUCAACACGGCUGCGAUCAAUUGUGUGUUAACACUGUUGGCUCUUUCGAGUGCGAAUGCAGAGAAGGUUUCGAAAUGCGGAAUUCUACUUGCGUCGACAUCGACGAAUGCGCUGGUAAGCCUUGCACGAAAACCAAGUGCAUCAAUACUUACGGUAGCUAUCGUUGCGAGUGCGAUACCGGGUAUCGAUUGGACGGCGACAAUUGUGUAGAUAUCGACGAGUGCAUCGAGGAUGCACCUUGCGAAGAAAGAUGCAUCAACACGCCUGGCUCUUAUCGAUGCACUUGUGCGCCGGGAUUUAGAUCGCGCGGAAACGAUUGCAUUGAUGUAAACGAAUGCGAGUGGGACAACGGUAGAUGCGAGCAAAAUUGCAUCAAUACGAUAGGAUCGUACGUAUGCGCGUGUCGGCCUGGUUAUAUCACAAAUCAGAGAAACAGAAGCCAGUGCCAAGACAUAAACGAGUGCUUGAAUCGUAACGGUGGCUGCAACGGUGAAUGCGUUAACACUGCCGGAAGUUACUACUGUACGUGCAGUGGCGACUCGUUGUUGGCUUCCGACGAGAGAACUUGCAUUUCAACUGAAUUGAGAUGUCGUGCCAUGGAACCACCGCUCCAUGCCGAAAUCAGAUGCCCUGGCCAUUCUUCCGGUGCAGUGGAUUAUCCCGUUGGAGCGAGAUGUCAUAUUCGAUGUCGAAGGGGUUUCAGGCUAGAAGGACCGCACACGAGGUAUUGCAUGGCUGGCGACCGAUGGAACGGGAACGAACCUACUUGUAUUCAAGAAUCAACCAUGACCGAUUCCCGUUACCAUUCAGACAUGCCACGACCGUUCGUCAGGUGUCCAAGGGACAUGGACGUGGAGCUACCCGCAAGACAGAACACGAUACGCGUCUCCUUUCCGCAGCCUAAAUCCAACAUGAAUUGGUGGAGGUACGUGGAUGCUUCUCCGUCAUGGGCCAAGCAAUUACAAGCGGAUUUACCAGCCGGUACGACGGUUGUCACCUUUACAGCCUGGUCCCCUGUGUCGAAUUAUACCAGCACGUGUAGGAUAGUGAUACGGGUUCGAGACACGGAAAAUCCAAAAGUUUCGACAUGCCCGACGUCCUUUGAAGUGCGGCUAAGCCCUGGUGAACGGAAUCGCUUAAUAUUCUGGCAGGAACCAACGUUCACCGACAACGUUGCCGUCGAGCGUGUCUACAAAACGAGGGAACCCGGACAGCUGAUGUACCCUGGCAUUCACAACGUGCGCUACAUCGCUUCCGAUGCAGCCGGAAAUCGAGCCGAAUGCCAUUUCUCGAUACACGUACGAGAAUCGGAUCACCGUCGAGAUUCCGAGCCACGAUACUACAGAAGAAGGAUGCUGAUGUGUCCCGGUAGAGCACCCCAACCGAUACCAUCCACCACUUUCGGGUGGCAGAUACCGAACGGUUGCUACCUGAGGUACACGAGAAUCUUUUCCGGAGCGUAUGCUGCACAGAACUAUCGAGGACAGAGACAGAACGGUUAUCAGGAAGCGAAUGCGGCUUAUCACGAAGUUCAUCCCAUUCAUGGUAACCAAGGUCAUCCCCAACUACCCAGAUCGUAUCCCCUUGGAGAUUAUCGACAGCCAAGACAGUAUCACGAGGAACAGCAACGUUAUUCGAGGAUCGACCACGUAGCUUCUCCGACGACUCAUUACGGCAGAGGUCGUGUCGAGACCAGGAUAUUACCACGGCGUAGAUGUUGCGCGUAGAGGAUCGGGGGACCAGGUUGCUGCCAGACGAGCCGCAAUAACCGAAAGUAAUUUAACCGGCGAAGAAAGGCCGGCUCCGCGGCUCGGGCAUAAAUUAUGUCAAGAGAGUAGUUCCUCGUCGAUAGGGGAGCUGUCGGUUCGUUCCUCGCGUUCAUUAAGUCUAAUUAAAGCCGAUCGAUUUCGUGGCAUUCGGUUUCGAGAUACGAGUUUCCUUCUUUCAACGGCUAAGUGAUCUUUGACUUUACACCCUUCGUACCAAGUUUGGCAGUGAACGGUCGUGACAAUGGUAAAUAAUUUGUUAUUCGAAAUUGUUUCUUUUGUAGUCUUCAGAGAAUAGAAUAUUUGGUACAAAGAUUGCAAUCUCAAUUUUAGAAGCUUAUUUUUACUUUUAGCUUUCAGGAAAUAACUGUGAUACGUACCUGAGAAUAGACGAGCCGUUAUGGUAAAAUCGAAGGAAUUAUAAAAUAAUUUUUAAAGGAACAGUGUUAAUGAGAAAUUGAAUUAAAAUUGGGACUCUCUUUGAGGUCCGCCAUCCGGAGUAAUUGCCCUUUAGAAUCUCUUUCACGUUGAAUAUAUUAACUUCUAAUAACUUGAAAUUUCUAAUUAAACAUUUCUCCCUUUAACGCGUUCACUGCUUUGUGCCUCGAUUUUUAAGAAUCAAUUAUCCAACCCGCGAUGUCGCGUGAUCGAACAUUUACGGUUGAGGAGAGGUUAAAUCGCAAAGAUCACGAAGAAUGUGUCGCAAGGAUGCAUUGAUAAGGCUAGAAAUUCAUAGUACGUACUUUAUUAAAACUGCCAUUACAACAAACUGCCAUUCACAAUACUGCCUUUCGAUCGAGCUUAUUCGAAGGAGCUCAUAGAAGAGGAAUUCAGGUAUUCUAUUCUUCCUUUUCUUUUUCUCUAUCCUUCUUGUUCUUUGUAAUAUACAUAUAUAUACAUACAUGUAUUUGAUACAUAAAUUUUUAUACAUUUAUUGUAAUACCGUUACGAUGGCAAUCGAACGUUAUUUUUUAACAAUGAUAUGCGAGUGGCGUGGAGGGAUAUUAAUAAAUAAUAAACGAAACUUCGCUUACGCUAGAUCGGUGUCUCGGUAUCUUAUCUUUUUAUCUCCCUUAAAACUAUCUAUGUAUUUUCUUAUUGUUACUGCCACUGUUGUCCUGCCACCGGGCCUCGAUUACGGAGCCAUCAAAGUCUCGUAUUAAACGACACAAAAAGGUGCAUGCGCAUUGUUUCCAUUUGAAGAUGCAAUAUUUAUUUUCUCUAAUAGAAUUAAAUUUAUUGAAAGUGGAGGUAUUUUCAGUGAAAGCAAAUUCUAGUCGAAAUGUUAAUAGUCCGUUAUCUAGAAACAUUGUUGUUGAACAUCUUCGUGAUAGCUUUGCGACAAUGUUAUUCGAGAAAGCAGGGAUCUGGAAACUACAUCAUACCACUUAUGUUAAUGCAACAUGUUUCGAGUAAACAGAUCCAACAUUUCAGGCUCCGUAAUUGUCGGCACAUUUUCACCAUCGAAAUGAAUAAACCAUAUUACUCGCUUUGUUUCUAGAAAAAUGACGGUGAACAACGCUUAUCGGUAGAAUCGAAGGUAUCACAAACUUUUGAUGACCUCUAAUUACGUUUAACUAGAUUACAUUGUCUCUAUAAUUGUUAAGAAAUAAUUUCACAGAAGGUUGCCUCGUUAUUAAUCAAGACCACUCUAAUAAUUUGAUGUAAAAAAAUAAUCGCGAUAGUUGGUAGAAAAUAAUCAACUUCUAUUUAAAUUGAAAUUUAUAGGCCAUUAAUUGAUCAUUCUUUAUUAUAGAUACAUAUUCAGUAAUCAUGGAAGCUUGAAAAGUAUAAGUAUAGUUUACAAGAUGGAAUAUUUUAAUGGAGAGAGUGUGAAAUCGUUAGUUAUGGUUAUUCGAAAAAUCAAACGUUACAAACAUUUUCUAUUUAAUAGUUUAGAUAUAUUUUAUACAAUAGGCGUUGAUAAAUGUGAGAUACGAUCGAAGGAUAAUUAAAUAAUUCCAUUGAAAUAAAUAGCAAAUAUCAAGUUUGUUGCUCAUCAAUGAAACUUGAACGUAGUACCACGUGUUCUGAUAAAAUGAAAAAGAGUAUAACAUUUUUUGGAUUCGAGGGUUAAUCGUCCAUCGUGAAAUAACUAUCAAAAAUAUUUUUAACGCGUUUGAAACGAUGAUUUUUUAUUUCUUAGACACUUAAAAAUCCCAAAUGAAAUGUGAUUGGAAAAGACAUCUUAAUUAAUGAAACGCACAAUUUUUUCUAUUCUUUUUUUUUUUUUUUUGGAUACCCUAUCACGAACUUUGUAAUUUCCGGAAAUCCGUUCGGUUCUCGAUCCACCGGCCUUUACACGGUUCCGUGCAGAAUCAAAACUGUCAGUUGUUCUGGCUGUCGAUUGCAAAACCUGGCUCGCUGAAGCGUCUAGUUUCGAAAUUAAUCGUGACCAGUUUCGUUAAACCCGGUGUACAUCCUCCCUUUCGACAAGCAAAUUCAAACCCUUCGAAACCGGCGCUUCUGUUCACACCGUCGAAAUUUCCAAUUAUAAAAUACUCCAAGUUUAUUGAAAAGUAGAGGCGUUAAAAGAAC